AUGAAGCUCUCAAGCAUUGUGGCCCUGUCGGGCCUUCUGGCGGUUUCAGAGGCUCUCCCGCAGCAACAGAUAUUGCAGAGAAAUGUCGCCAAGAAGCCCAAUUUCCUUUUCAUUAUGACUGAUGACCAGGAUCUCCAAUUGAACUCGACUGCAUACACCCCGCAUAUCCUGAGUCUAAUCAAGGAGAAGGGCACCGACUUCGCAAAUCACUUUGUCACCACGGCUCUAUGCUGUCCCUCGCGGGUCAGUCUGUGGACAGGACGUCAGGCUCAUAAUACCAAUGUGACGGAUGUGAGGCCACCCUGGGGCGGAUAUCCCAAGUUCAUCUCGCAAGGCUUCAAUGACAAUUGGUUCCCCGUGUGGUUUCAGGAUGCCGGCUACAACACCUAUUACACCGGAAAGCUCAUGAACGCCCACAGUCUCAGUACCUACAAUAAGCCGUUUCCCAAGGGCUUCAACGGAUCAGACUUCCUUCUCGACCCGCACACCUACUCUUACUACAACUCCACCUACCAGCGUAAUCGCGAACCCCCCAAAAACUAUGCCGGUCAUUACACGACCGAUGUGAUCACUGAGAAGGCUCUGGGACUCCUGGACGAAGCCCUGGAGAGUGACCGACCCUUUUUCGUGGCUGUUUCGCCGGUUGCUCCCCAUUCGAACAUUGAUCCGAACACGAUGGGCACUGCUGCAAGCAUCAUGUCUGAGCCGAUCCCUGCGCCUCGCCAUCGGCACUUGUUCCAGGGCGUCAAGGUACCCCGGACUCCGAGCUUCAACCCGCUCAACCGCACCGGAGUUAGCUGGGUAUCCAACCUUGCGCUGCAGAACCAAACCGUGAUUGACUACGAAGACCAUUAUUAUCGCCAGCGACUGCGUGCCCUGCAAGGAGUUGACGAACUGGUCGAGAAACUGGUCUCUCGUCUUGAGGAAAGUGGUGAGAUUGACAACACCUACAUCAUCUACACUUCCGACAACGGAUUCCACAUCGGUCAGCACCGUAUGCCCCCAGGCAAAACUACUGGUUUUGAAGAAGACAUCCGAGUCCCGUUCUUCAUUCGAGGCCCAGGAAUUCCCGAGGGAAAGACCGAGGACAGCGUUUCGACGCACAUCGACCUGGUCCCAACUUUCUUUGAAUUAGCCGGUCUGCCACUGCGCGACGAUUUCGACGGCACGCCAUUGCCGAUCAAGAGACAGUCGGCUUCAAUUUCCCAUGAGCAUGUUACUGUGGAAUUCUGGGGCACCGCCGUUCUGGAGGGUGACUUUUCCAAGAUCGGUCCGGACGGGGAUGCAAGCAUGCCGAACAAUACCUACAAGUCUGUCCGUAUUCUCGGCGAGGGAUAUAAUCUUUACUACUCCGUAUGGUGUCACGGCGAGCACGAGCUCUACGACCUAACAGCCGACCCUUACCAAAUCAACAACAUUUACACACCCAGGAACACUACCUCCCAGCUCCUCGGGCGGCCCCUGCAGGCAGUUAUCACUCGUCUUGAUGCUCUACUUCUCGUUCUGAAGACCUGCCAGGGUCCCACCUGUAUCGAGCCGUGGAAGGUAAUCCACCCUGACGGCUCUGUGCAGAGCCUGAAAGACGCGCUUCAUCCACAAUUCGAUAAUUUCUACCAGGAGCAACCUAAAGUAUCGUAUGAUCAUUGCCUGGACGGAUAUCUUCUUUCCAACGAGGGCCCGCUGGUUGGGCUGCAGUACCGGGAUGGAUUGAGCUGGUCGGCGUGGGCUUGA